AUGUUUGCCUUGAUAGUAGAUUACGUGCUUGAAAAGUCUGCAGCAACUAAAGAAAACAACUGUGUCUCUCUUCGUCGCUCUAAAGUCUGUACAGCAUUUUCUCAAUUUUAUAUCGGUCUACCAGGGUUAGAGUACGACUAUCCUUUCUUAAUAAACACUACCACCAUUGAGGAAUUUGAUCAACGACUUUUGGAUUAUGCUGAUUCGACCAGUGAUUAUUUAUUCCCUUUAGGCUGUCUCAGUUCCAACUACAAUCCUACCGUUCCUUAUGCACGUUAUUCUUUGACUCGGUUAUGUGCUGGUAUGAUACAAAAUCCUACCUAUUCACUACCAUGCAACUACGAAAAUGCGCUAAGUCCGCCGCCUUUAUGUAAGACCACUUGUGUACAAUGGGUGAAUAGUAUAGAAUCGAUCACAGCCUCGCAUCGUGUAUGUUCAGAUACGAGUCAACGCAAUAAUACGUUAAAUUCGUUUCAGGACCAAUGUGAAACAUGGGCCGGCUAUAAUGGAACCAUUGCAGAGAAUUGCAUUUCGGGUGUAGCGAAUGAGCCUUAUUCAUGUGGUAAGAAUACCUAG